UAUAAGAGGUGUUAGGAAAGGUUUUCAUGCACUUCCCCCUGCCUCUAUCUCCUGUUUGUGUUGUUUACCACUGACGGAGCUCCUCACCAUGGCCACAAUCACCCUUGGACUGGGUGCUGGUGCUGCUGUCGCUGCCGGAGCAGCUUUUGCCGGCGCCGUAACUCUUGCGGGCUUGGCGCUGGCUGGGCGGCGGCGAGGAAGAGGGCGACGGUUCCGUGGUGGUCGUCGUCGCUUUGGUCGCGCCGUUGCUGAAGAAUCACCUGCCGUGGAGCGCAUAAUGGCCUUGAUUCGUGAGGAGGACGCCAGUGGAUGUGCGCGGCGCAUGGCCUGUGAGCUGGGAGGCCGCGCACAGGGAGACCUGAGUGAGGAGGAACGCAGCAUUCUGGACCUCGUUGGGCCCGGCGUAUCCCCAGGCGAGGGCGUGCUGCCAGAGGGCGCCGUCUGGGAGUACCGCGCCGCCCGUGGCUUGGGUGAGGCGGGGGCUGAUUGUGGCCAGGCCUACCCCACUUGUCCCCUUGGCGGCGCUCAGCUCAUGAAUGCCGUCACUGCCUAUCUGCCCUGAUACACACGCCCGGUGCUAUGGGAACUGUUACUUUUGUAAUUAGACAUACAAAGUGAAAAAAAAACAAGAUCUAAACAAUACCAGGCCCAAGAUCUAAGUAAUGCCAUAUUAGUUAGAGCAUGAAAAAUAAUAGCUUGCGAUUUUGUCUCACGUGUUUGAAAAUGCAUCGGGAACUCUUUUUUUUUAUUAUUAUUAUUUUUAUACGUAAAAACUGAAAAUAAAUCAGUUACAUUGAGUCACGUGCUUCAAAAUAGCUUCUCAGAGCAAUUUUUCUGUAGUUUUUUUUUUUUUCCACUGAAUACUUUUUCUUACCAUUUUGUAUAUAAACUGAAGCAGAAAAAAAUAUACAAAUACAAAUUACACGAAAGCCA